UUUUGCCGGGUCUCUGAACCGGAAACCGGAACUACAUCGUCGUCUGAUCACUGCUGCCAUUUUGACUUGUUCAGAAAAGAGCUCGGAAAACUGCGUGUGUGUUCUUCCAGCGGUCCUAUUUACACAUAACCUAUUUCACCAUGGCUAUGCAAGCAGCGAAACGUGCUAAUAUUCGAUUACCACCUGAGGUGAACAGAAUUUUGUACAUCAGAAACCUUCCUUACAAGAUCACAGCUGAGGAGAUGUAUGAUAUCUUUGGGAAAUAUGGACCAAUACGUCAAAUCAGAACAGGGAACACACCUGAGUCACGAGGAACAGCUUACGUGGUUUAUGAAGACAUCUUUGACGCCAAGAAUGCCUGCGACCAUCUGUCAGGCUUCAACGUCUGCAACCGUUACCUGGUGGUCCUCUACUACAACGCAAACAGAGCUUUCCAGAAGAUGGACACAAAGAAGAAAGAGGAACAGCUGAAGCUUCUAAAAGAAAAAUACGGCAUCAACACCGACCCUCCGAAGUAGAGCUCCAAAAGCCCCAUCACCCUCCUCGCCUCUCAACUCAAUGUUCUUUUUCUAUCCUGACAUGUUCAUUGAUUUAUGUUGGUAAUGUUUUUCUGAUACAGCUGUCAUUUCUUGAAGAUUUUGAUGAUUUGAUUUGAUUUCCUUCAUCAAACGUGUGUGACAACAUGCAAGCUAGCAUUUGCUAGUUGCUGUAUGCCAGUUGCAUAAAAAGCAGUUUUUCACUCGCCUUUUUAAUCCGGACAAAGCUAUUAUAAUAAAAGCUUGCCCAAGAUUAAGAUAGUAACUGCUUGUAUUCACCUCAUGAUACAUUUUAUAAAUCUCCCAGAGAAGAUUAUUUUUCACUCUUAUUGUUAAUCUCUUCCUAGGUCAUCUAUUAAUUUUUAAUCUGUUUGAGAUAUGAAAUUGCAUCAAUCAGUACCGACUGUGUGAAGUUUAAGCUUUCUGUAAAAUAAAUGUUCUUUUGCUAAA